GUGCCAUCCUCCCCCCGACCUCCCAACCGCCCAGUGCCCAAAAGAGACACUCACAGCGACGAUGGCCGGCGCCUCACUCCAUCUGGAAAGGCCGCACCUUUGGCCCCCAAAGGGCCGCCAUCCACUUGCAGCACUGCAACCACAUCGGUGGGCACAGCGUCCUGCGGGCCGCCAUCCAUCAGUCACGCCAAGAGCUGGUCGCCUGCGCCCAUCUCCGGGGGAGCCACGCCCAAGGCACCGGAGUCCUUCGGCGACAUGGCCACCAGUCGUACCAAAAGGGCUGCUACGCCAGGAGCUCCUGCGGUGA